GCCGCCCGGUUGCUCGCCUCCCUGGGCCGCGGCGGGCCGCUGCCGCCCUCCCCCGGCGCCGCGGCGGGCGGGAGGAUGGAGCAGGGGCUGUCCGCCAUCACCCUCUACUGCGCGCCCGCCACCGGCCCCGCGGCCGCCGCCUGCACCAUGGAGCCCGAGCAGCAACUUACAAAUGGAGAUAGAGGCUUUGAGAACGUGGAGCUGGGUGUCAUAGGAAAGAAGAAGAAAGUUCCAAGGAGGGUUAUUCACUUUGCAAGUGGAGAAACAAUGGAAGAAUAUAGCACAGAUGAGGAGGAAGAUGAACAAGAGAAAAAAGACCUGUUGCCUCCUGUAGAUCCUACAACGCUCACAUGGGGACCCUACUUAUGGUUUCAUAUGCUGAGAGUUGCCACCUCAACCUUAUCAGUGUGUGAUUUCCUUGGGGAAAAGAUUGCAUCUGUUCUGGGGAUAAGCACUCCAAAAUACCAAUAUGCCAUCGAUGAGUAUUACAGAAUGAAGAAAGAGGAAGAAGAGGAGGAACAGGAAAACAGGAUGUCAGAAGAAGCAGAAAGACAGCAUCAGGAGCAGCAGGACAAGCCACAGGCUGAGGCUCCUGUCCAAACAGACCAGCCUGAAGCAACAAGUACUUCCUUUGUGAAUGUAAACUUUGAAAAUGAGGGAGAUUGCCAGUCUGUUGUGGAAAAUAAGCAAGAUGUAGUUUCUACUUAAAUGAAAAACUCUGUGUACUGUAGGAAAUAGGAAGUGUCAGGUGUCACAGUCUGGCUACAAGCAGAAAAAUAGGAUUAUACUUGUUCAGUGUAAUACAACUUUUAGUGUUCUUAUUGAUCAGGAGAGAGCUAAGUGAUGUCUCUUCCUUCUGUCAGCCUAAUAAAGGCUGAGGCAUUCUGCCAAAUUGGCACUUCAGUUAAAAUGUAAAUUGGGCUACAAACGUUUGGUCUAAAAUUGAAUUUCUUGUAAAGCAAGUAAAACAUUUAAAUUGUUGUCUGGCACUGUGGAUUGCAGAUGUAGUGCUCUUUCCUACUUCUAAACACCUAUUUCUGAUUUGUACACUGUUUGCAACUUGGCUCUCUAUGAAUAGAUUAAUAGGAAUCAAUAUCCUGUAACUCACAAGUCAUAGUAGCUUCUGAAUUCCCCUAUUUGUUGUCACUACUGUGUGCAUGUGUCUUUCUGUUACUGACAUAAGAGAUGUUAGAUUUAAUGUUAAUUAGAUUUAAAGGCCCAAUGAAAUACUUUUAUUAUUACUCUAAACUUUAAAGGAGGCUAUCAACACCCCUGAGUACAUAGGUAAUAGUGCCAGCACUACUGGAAGCUGAUACUGCUCAGCUGUUCCAUUUAGUGCUAUAAUCAAGUACAGAACUAGCAUCAGCAGAAGAUGCUGUCCCUCUAGAUCCAAGAACUAAUAGUGAGCCACCUGUUCAAAUACUUCUUUACAUGCUUGCUCUGAAUUGGCAGGGAGAGUAAACUCAAGUCUUGCUAAAUUAUAGUGAAUGGGACAUUGUGUAUGGUAACAACUUGUAACUACACUUUUUUUUUCCUUCCUUUUUGUUAUAAGAUACCUGAAUCAG